AUGCCAACGGCAACCGUGAACACGUCGGAUUCAACUCCGGACUUCAUCUUGACCAGUUUCCCUGGACUAGAAGCUUAUCGUCACUUGCUUUCUAUCCCUUUCAUUAUUAUGUAUUCUUUUGCAAUUGUAGGAAAUAUAGCAAUAAUAUAUAUUAUCAAACUUGAAGAAACUCUUCAUACUCCUAUGUACAUCCUCCUCUGUAUUCUUGCCGUGGUUGACAUCGGUUUGUGCAACACCACAACACCUAAAAUGCUGGCGAUCCUAUUGAAUGAUGCACGCAGUAUUUCUUUUCAAGCUUGCUUCCUGCAAAUGUUUUUUAUAUACUUUUUUUCAACUCUUGAAUCCUCCAUAUUAGCCGUAAUGGCAUAUGACCGGUAUAUUGCUAUCUGCAACCCACUUCGUUAUAGCACUAUAUUAACAACUGCAGCUAUUAGUAAAAUUCUACUUGUACUUUUUCUGAGAUGUGCAAUUUUAACCGGUCUGAUUCCAAUAAUGGCCUCAAAGUUGCCUUACUGUUCAUCUACCGUUGUCCCUCAAACCUACUGUGACCACAUGCCGGUAGCGAAUCUGGCGUGCACUGAUAUUACUAUAAAUAGUUAUUACGGACUUUCGGUUGCCUUUUUGAUUGUCGGUAUGGAUGUCAUUUUUAUCUCAUUUACCUACAUAAUGAUUAUUAGAGCCGUUUUGAAACUGGCCUCAAAACAGGCCCGGAUCAAAGCGUUUAGUACAUGUGGUUCCCAUGUAUUUAUUAUCUUGUACUUUUAUACCAGCGGUCUAGGUAGUUUCUUGACUUACAGGUUUAGUAAAAAUGCAUUCAACCAGUUAAACAUUGUAUCGAGCGUUCUCUAUCUUAUUUUACCGCCAGUGUUAAAUCCUGCAGUUUAUGGAGUGAGAACUAAAGAAAUCCGUGACGGAUUUAUAAAACAUCUCAGAAGAAACAAUCACUGGAGCAGAAAACGCUGAUUAUGUAAUAGCUGAAUGCAUUCAAAUAAGUAUCACCCUUCUCAUUCUGAUAUAUAUUCAGCAUUACUGAAGAAGAAAUCUUAUUUUCAUAUUUAAGAUAAUUGUCAGAUUUAUUAACUGAAAAAGAAAACAAUUACGGUGGUGUUUCAACAAUACUUGACAUAAUCGUUCCUUCCAACUCCGCGGAGAUGAAGUGUGGGACCCCGCAAGACCUGAAAUAAACGAAUUUUAAAAAUUAAUUUCACG